UAAACUUCAACUUAUAACAAUUAAAAUCCUUUCAAUUUCUAUAUUAUCAGCUGCUGCUGAAUGUAAUUUUUCUACUUUUGAAUUUAUUCAUAACAAAAUUCAUAAUUGUUUAUACAAUGAUUAUGUUAAAAAACUUGUUUAUAUCUAUGCAAAUCUUAGAAUUCAUGAUAAUAAGAGAUUAAAUAAGUUAGAUGAAAUUAAUAUUAGAAUUAAUAAUGAAAAUAAUAAAAGUAUUAAAGAAGAAAUUGAUACUGAUAAAGAAAUUAAUAAAGGUGAUGAUAAUAUUUUACAGGAUUUUAAUAUUGAUUUAAUAGAUUUAAUAGAUAAUUUAAAUAAUAAUGAUGAUGAAUAA